GUUUUAGCUUGACAUCUUCACUGUUAGCCUCCAGCUAGCUCGUGUUUUUAAGCCUGUUGUCGUCAAACUUGUGCCGUGAGGGAAGCAGCAGCCGGACUUCAGACUGAAUGGCUGAGGGCUCCUCAGACCCGCCUGACCUCGAUCCAGAUGGGACGUCACAUCAAAAGCCACAUCAGCACAGAUCUAGAAGAGGUCGACCCCGACACAACAAUGACAGAAACCUGAGCAGCGAUGGUUAUGAUCCGUCUCAACAAUAUGGACACUUUCAUCAGGGCUUUAAACCCCAGUUUAACCACAAUAAUUCAAAUUAUGCAGAGCAUUACUAUCCUCCUUACCAGGGACAGGAUGCAGCCAGAGGACGAGGCAGAGGUAGAGGAAGGAGAGAAGGGAAUAGAGGAUUAAAUGGAAGUUUUGGUGGUCCAGACCCGUCAUGGCAACGAAGAUCCGGUGGUGGCAGGAAGUCUCUGAGUGGCUUUCAGUUAAGUGCCCAUUCUACAGAUGGACCUGAUGCACCCAACUGGCGGAGAGAAGCUGUGCCACCAACCUGUGAAGACCAGGACGCUCAGGCUAAGAAUCCCAGAAAGUUUGGCCGAGAGCAGAAUGAGAGAAGUUCUUAUUUAAAGGAGAACAACACGACAGUAGAGGGUCAGAGAUCAAAUGCUGCGAAGGAAGAAAACCUGCCUUCAGACACCAGGGAAAGAACUCAGCACAGCAGGACAGAGUCUCAACACGAUGAUCAACAGAGGAAACGCACUGACGUAAAGCGACGGCAAGGCCCGAUCAAACCGCCCAAGCCGGCGUCUCAGGAGGAGUCGGGCUCAGAGAGGGGAGCCAGCGGCCAGGAUGACUCCGAUCACGGCAGAUCGUCUCAGGAUUCGGCCUUUAAAGCUGGAAGAGGCUCCGGACGACACACACCACAGCAGGGCAGAGGAGGGAGAAGAACGAACCAUCAAAACCACAAACCUGUUCAGAGGACCUGGGACAAGAUGCCCAAGAGCAAAGAGACGCAGACAGGUUGUCUGAUUGAGCAGCUGUCGGAGGAGAAGUACGAGUGCAUGGUGUGUUGUGAUAUCAUCUGGGUCAUGGCGCCGGUGUGGAGCUGCCAGAGCUGCUUCCACGUCUUCCACCUGAACUGCAUCAAGAAAUGGGCUCGAUCUCCGGCCUCGCAGGCAGACGAGUCAGCUGAAGGAUGGCGUUGUCCAGCCUGCCAGAAUGUUGCAAUGAAACACCCGACUUCCUACACCUGCUUCUGUGGUAAAGUGACAAACCCCGAGUGGCAGUGCAGUGAGAUUCCCCACAGCUGUGGUGACAUGUGUGGGAAGAAGAGGAGUGGAGUGGACUGUAAUCACCCCUGUAACAUUUUAUGUCACCCUGGACCUUGUCCUCAGUGUCCUGCCUUUGUGACGAAAUCAUGCAUCUGUGGUAAGACAAGUCGACCGAUGCGCUGCGGUCAGGCUUCAGCGCUCCAGUGUGACAAAGCGUGCGGUGCUAUACUCAACUGUGCUGAACACACCUGUGUGCAGGUGUGCCACAGUGGGAAGUGUCAGCACUGCCAGCUGCAGGUUCAGCAGGUUUGCUACUGUGGGGUCACGACUCGCUCAGUCCUCUGUGGCACUGAUAAAGGAGGAUUUAAUGGUUCAGGACAUUUCUGCUGUCUGAAAAUAUGUGGGAAGAUGUUGAAUUGUGAGGCUCACCGGUGCCAGCAGGUGUGUCACCGUGGGCCUUGCCAGCCGUGUCCACGAUCCCCGAGCCUGGUGAAGACGUGUCCCUGCAGUCAGACACCGCUGACCAAACUCCUGGAGCUGGGCUACUCUGAAAGACAAAGCUGCUCUGAUCCCAUCCCCUCCUGUGGGAAGACCUGCAACAAACCCCUGGCCUGCGGCUCCAGCGACACCAUCCAUCUGUGUGAGAACUUGUGCCACGAGGGCAGCUGUGGACCCUGUUCUCUGACCUCCACUGUCAGGUGCAGAUGUGGCUCCAAGACUAAGGAGGUGCCAUGUGCCAAAAUCCAAAAAGAAGAUGAACUCGUCUUCACUUGUGAGAAGCGCUGCAACAAGAAACGCUCCUGUGGCCGACACAAGUGUGGCGAGCUUUGCUGUGUGAAUGUGGAGCACAAGUGCCACUUGAUUUGUGGCUACAAGCUCAACUGUGGCCUCCACCGCUGCCAGGAGCCUUGUCACCGUGGAAACUGUGAACCCUGCUGGCAGUCCAGUUUUGAUGAGCUGACGUGUCACUGUGGGCUCUCUGUGUUGUACCCACCCAUCGCCUGCGGUACGAAGCCACCGGAGUGCAAGAACCUGUGUACAAGACGACAUGAGUGCGAACACCCAGUGUUUCACAACUGCCACAGUGAGGAGAAGUGUCCACCGUGCACCUACCUCACUCAGAAAUGGUGCAUGGGAAAGCACGAGCAACGCAGCAACAUCCCGUGUCAUCUGCAAGACAUUUCUUGUGGCCUGACGUGUAAUAAAAUGCUGCCCUGUGAAACGCACCGCUGCAGACGGAUCUGCCACCGGGGAGAGUGCCUGGCAGAAGGCAGCUGCCAGCAGCCCUGCAUGCUGCCUCGUCCAGACUGUGGCCACCCGUGCUCCGCUCCCUGUCAUAAAGGCAGCAGCUGCCCACGCACCACCUGCACUGCCAAGGUAGCAGUACAGUGUGACUGCGGUCGAAGGAAGGAAACUGUAGUCUGUGCAGAAGCAGCCAAUUCAUAUCAGAGGUAUGCAGCCAUCGCCAUGGCCAGUAAACUGUCUGACAUGCAGCUCGGUGACUCCAUGGACAUCGGGCCGCUCCUCACUAAGAAGGAACUGAAACAGACGAGGCUUGAAUGUGAUCAAGAAUGUGCCACUUUGGAAAGAAACAGGCGUUUGGCCGAGGCUUUACAGAUAGACUCAUCAUCUGACCCCUUCAACGUUCGCUCAGCCUCCGUCUACAGCGACAGCCUCAAAGAGGAUGCCAGAAAAGACCUGAAGUUUGUCACAGAAGUAGAAGAAGAGAUCAAGAAUCUUGUUGAGCUUGCCAAUAAGGGAAAACAGUCAAAGAGGAGCCACUGUUUCCCGCCCAUGAACAGAGAACACCGGAAGAUCAUCCACGAGCUGGCCGAGGUCUACGCCGUGGAGAGCGUGAGCUACGACAGCGAGCCUAAACGCAACGUGGUUAUCACGGCCCACAAGGGGAAGUCAUCCUGCCCGAACUCCACCCUGACGUCUUUGAUAGAGCGAGAGACGGCGGCAAGAGCUCCUCCUCCCAUCGCUCAUAUCAAGCAGCACAGUAGCAAAGCUGCUGGUGGAAGCACCUGGUCCAAGAUGGUUAAAGAAGAGCCUGUAAUAGAUUAUUUUGAUGUACAGGACUAAAAGAGGAAAACCUCAGCAUCUGCUCGAAAACCAAAAAAAAAAAAAAAAAAAAGUGUCCGAAACCGUUUUUCCAUUUCAUCGAAGAUCAAUAUUAAUUCCUCUGGCUUCCCAAGCAAAUAAAAUUAUGUUUCGAGAUAUUUCAAAGAUGUCAUCGCCUCCUGAGAACGCCCACACUUAGAUUUAUGUGAGAGGAGGAAUUGAAUGAGUGCUGAGUUGAGUGUUUCCCUUGGAUUUAUGUAUUAAAGUCGAUGAAGACUUGCACAGAUUCUGAAGAGGGAUCACUUGAAAAAGCCUCUGCGUGCUUUCUUUACCUCCUUUGGAUGCAGUUUAAUAAGAAGCGCAUUCUUCCCUGUUUAAAGGGCACGAAUGCUGAUGCGAAUUUAAUAUCAUAGCUUCAGAAUACUCAUAAAAAAUUGCUCAGGAGCUCUCUCUGGUUUCUCAGACAGCAUGCCAAGCAGCUCCUCAGCCAUGGGAUGUGUUUUGUUGUGUGUGCUGGUGUUGAGCCAACGGUUCAGUAGUAAACCUGUGCUGAUCGAGGGUGUGGGUGGGUUGGAGUGGGCUGCACUGCGCAAAGAAAGCUUCGAUUCAAACGCCCAGAUGUGUUGCUUUCUGAAAGCCGUUCCUCGGUGGACGGUGAAGGUAUUUUGAGGUCGUCGUUGCUCGAGGACACUACGGCAGCAUGUUGGUGAGGAGGAGAGCUUAGAUCCUGCCGUCCGGCUAAUGGAGCGUUUUAAUAUUCAGUCCUGCAGCCGGAGAGCUGAAGAUGCUGACUCAGGUUUGAGUCGCUAAUGUUCUGAGUGGACACACAAGAUCUGCAGUUUUUCCACCUUAAAUUGCAUUUUUUUCAACCAAUACCUAUUAGAUUUCAAGAGGCUAACCAGUACUUUUUUGCUUUUGUGCCAUUUUUAUGAAUACUGAAAUUAUUCCAGGCAAAGAUAUAUGUUUUAAUGCUAAGAAAGGACAGUAAAAUGAUCUGUUUUUCAUGCUUAGUAAUAGUUGGGACUCAACAAUUUAUCAAUUACUCAUCAACUGUAAAUUUAGCAUCAACUUUUAUGAGAAUUGAAUCAUUUUUUCAAGAAAAAAAUAUCUAAAUUCUCUUAUUCCAGCCUCUUAUGCUUGACUAUUUUCUGGUUUCUUUGCUUCUCCAUGAAAAUUACCUGAAUGAUUUGGCAAUUGUGGAAACACUGAUCAGCAUUUCUUGCUAUUUUUUGACCAAAGAAAGUCAUUUAUCAUUUGACAAUAAAAAUAUUUUGUAGUGGCA